AUGGAAGAAGUUGUCAGAAGUGCUUUACCUGAUAAUAUGGUACGAGUUUUCUUAAUUAUUUCAAAUUACCUUUUAGGGAUUGGAACUGAAAUGACAAAAUCGAAUUUGUCACGCGAUAAGCACGAGGAUGUUGACAUUUUGAUUAGACAAAUAGGCAUAGAACAUUCUUGGCCCGAAAACCAAGUGAAUUCGGAUAUACAAAUUUUUAAAAAAAAUCGAAUUUUCACAAUAAGGGACUUACGUACAUUAUCAAAAGAGAGCUGGAAGGCUAUAGAAUUACUGCCAAUUGUCAAAGAUUUGUGUCGCGAAGCUAUUACUGGAGAACCUAAUAAUCAAAUAAUUUUUAAAGAUUCAACAAAUCAAGAAGAUGUUAGAAAAAAAAAGCAUAUAACUAAAAAAAUGUCUUUUGAUGCUUUAGCCGCAAGAUUUGGUAUUCACUCGACACAUGAAGCAAGAUUAAAUUAUGCUAAAACUUCUGCUGAUACCACCUCAACUUUAGGACCUAUUCCUUACGAAGAACCUCAAAGUAGUGUAAAUAAUGUGGAAUUAGAUACGAAGAAAAUGUAUUCUAACAGUUUUACUAUAAAACCCAUUCCUUAUACUCCUCAAAAAACCGAAAUUUCUGAUGAAAAUAAUCUUGAUAAUCCUUAUAUUUCUCGAAAAAUCGAAAUUCCUGAUGAAAAUAAUUAUGAUAAUUCUGAUAGUCCGAAACUUUUCAUGCCACCGCCUAACAAAAAAGUGAUUGGAGAUAGGAUGAAAAUCAAAACUGCCUCUGGCAAAAUUUAUGAAGUUGAUAGAUGGUGCCCACACGCUAAAGAUGACCUUGGUGCAAAGGGAAUUGUGAUAGGAUCGAAACUUUUUUGUACUAGGCAUAAAUGGGCAUUUGAUUUAGAAAAUGGCGGGAAAUGUACUACUACUUGCACCGACGCAACAAUCAAUGCCUGCGCGGUCAAUGAUUGGUGA